CCCGCCCCUCCCUCCGCGCACGCGCCCCGCGGCGCCCCGGCGGCGGAGCCAAGAUGGCGGCGGUGGUUCAGAAUGUGGUCAAGCUGCUGGGCGAGCAGUACUACCGGGACGCCAUGGAGCAGUGCCACAGCUACAACGCGCGGCUCUGCGCCGAGCGCAGCGUGCGCCUGCCCUUCCUGGACUCGCAGACCGGCGUGGCCCAGAGCAACUGCUACAUCUGGAUGGAGAAACGGCACCGCGGGCCCGGUUUGGCGGCCGGGCAGCUCUACUCGUACCCGGCGCGGCGCUGGCGCAAGAAACGCCGCGCCCACCCCCCGGAGGACCCCCGGCUCUCCUUCCCUUCCAUCAAACCCGACGCGGAGCAGGCCCUGAAGAAGGAGGGGCUGCUGGCGCAGGACGGGAGCAGCCUGGAGGCGCUGCUCCGCACGGAUCCGCUGGAGAAGCGCGCGCUGCCGGACCCGCGCGUGGACGACGACAGCCUGGGCGAGUUCCCGGUCACCAACAGCCGCGCCCGCAAGCGGAUCCUGGAGCCCGACGAUUUCCUGGACGAUUUGGAUGAUGAGGAUUACGAGGAGGACACGCCCAAGCGGAGAGGGAAGGGCAAGGCCAAGGGAAAAGGCGUCGGGGGGGCUCGCAAGAAGCUGGACGCGGCCAUCCUGGAGGACCGGGACAAGCCCUACGCGUGUGACAACAGUUACAAACAAAAGCAUUCCUUGAAACCUCCCGACCGAGUCUGCGGGAAGCGCUACAAGAACCGCCCGGGGCUCAGCUACCACUACGCCCACUCCCACCUGGCCGAGGAGGAGGGCGACGACAAGGACGACUCCCAGCCCCCCACGCCGGUGUCCCAGCGCUCCGAGGAGCAGAAAUCCAAGAAGGGCCCCGAUGGAUUGGCCCUUCCCAACAAUUACUGCGACUUCUGCCUGGGCGACUCCAAGAUCAACAAGAAGACGGGACAGCCCGAGGAGCUCGUGUCCUGCUCCGACUGCGGCCGCUCCGGCCACCCGUCGUGCCUGCAGUUCACGCCGGUGAUGAUGGCAGCGGUGAAGACGUACCGCUGGCAGUGCAUCGAGUGCAAGUGCUGCAACAUCUGCGGCACCUCCGAGAACGACGACCAGCUGCUGUUCUGUGACGACUGCGACCGCGGGUACCACAUGUACUGCCUGACCCCGCCCAUGUCCGAGCCCCCCGAGGGGAGCUGGAGCUGCCACCUCUGCCUGGACCUGCUCAAGGAGAAGGCGUCGAUUUACCAGAACCAGAACAGCUCCUGAUCCCGCCCUUCCUCCCCAUCCUCAUCCUCAUCCCCAUCCCCAUCCUCAUCCCCGAGCCCUCCUCAUCCUCACCCCUCCGCUUUGGGGCCUUUUAUUCCCCCUUUUUUUGGGUCCUUUUCCCUUUUUUUCCCUUUUUUUCCCUUUUUUUUUUUUUUUUUUCCCUUUUUUGGGGUUCUGUUUUCUUUUAUUCCCUUUUUUUUUUAAUUUUGUUUUUUUUUAUCCUCUCAUUCCCUUUUUCCCCCUUCUUUUUUUCACCUUUUUUCAUCCUUUUUUUUUUUUUUAACUCUUCCAUUCCCUUCAUUCAACCUCUUUUUCCCCUCCUUUUUCCCAAUUUUUUUGCUCCUUUUUUUCCCAAAUUUUUUCCCCUCCUGACAUUUUUGGGGUGACACCCCCAGGGUGACAUUUUUGGGGUGACUUUCAUCCCUUCCUCCCCAAUUCCCAGGAUUUCACCCCAAAACUCACUCCCCUCCCCCUCCUGGCACCACAGGUGCCAAACUUUCCCUUUUCCUUUUUUUUUUUUUUGGGAAUUCCGGGUGAUUUUGGGGCUUUUUUUUUUUUUUUUUUCCAUUUUUUGAGGCAUUUUUUCCCACUUUGAUUUUUAUUCCAUUUCCCCCCAUUUUUAUCCCCCCCCCCCCACAUGCUCCCGGCCCCUCCCCCACCCCACGAGGCCUUACCCCUCCCCCACCCCAAAAUGGGGCAGAAUCCCUGGAUUUGGGGAUUCCCCCCCCACCCCUCCCCCGCUGGCACAAAAUGGGGCAAAACCCCCCAAUUUUGGGGUUUUCCCCUGGCUCCCCUCCCCCCCCCAGGGUUGGUUUGGGGUUCGGGGGUGGGGGAGGGGUUGAGGUUGGAUUUUUGGGGGGUAAAAAAAAUCCCCUUUUGGCCCCAAAACGCCGCUGGGGGGGGGAUGGGAUGGGAGGGGUUUGGGGCUGUGGGAACCCCCCCCUCAAAAUUCCCCAAAUCUCCCCCGAAUCCCAAAUUUUCCUCCUCCCUGGGUCCCGUGGACUGAAUGUGCCUGUUUUUCUAAAAAAAAAAAAAAAAAAAAAAAAAACACAAAAAUAAAUGGACUUUAAAGCACCUACCUCCGACUGCCCCUCCCCCCCUGCACCCCCAAAUCCCCCCCGGACCCCCCCGAGAGGACCCCCCGGGAUGGGCCCCAAAAACGGCCAAAAUAACCCAAAAAAUGGGCAAAAUACCCCCAAAAAUGACCAAAAUUACUGAAAUAGCCCAAAGUUUAACCAAAAUAGCCCCAAAAUGACCAAAGUAGCCCCAAAUUUACUGAAACAAUGCUGAGAUCGCCCCAAAUAACCCCCAAAUAACCCCUCAAAUUACUAAAAUAACCCCAAAAUGACUGAAGUGAUCCAAAAUUAUUCAUAUAACCAAAAAAAGAGACAAAAAUAGCCCUAAAAGCACUGAAAUACACCCAAAAUAACCCCCAAGGGACUCAAACAGCCCCAAACCUGCCCCAAAUAACCCCAAAAUGACUCAAAAAGCCCUAAAAUAACCAAAUAACCCCAAAGUGAUGAUGCACCCCCCCAAAAUUAUUUUUAAAAUCCAAAAUAACCCGAAAUAAAACUACAAACUGACCAAAAUAACCCCCAAAAAUCCUGGAAAUUCCCCAAAAAUGACCGAAAUACCCCAAAACUGGCCAAAAUCACCCCCAAAAUGACUGAAAAACGACCCCAAAGUGCUCAAAAUUGACCCAAAUCCCUGAAAUCCCGCCCAAAAUUCCGGAUCCGAGGCCUCAUCCCGGUGGUUUCUCUCCUCCCCGUCCCGAGCACGAUUUUGGGGGGAAUCGACGGCGUUUUGGUUCAAAAUGGGAUUUUUUUUCCCCCGUUUUCGUGCCCUGCCGGGGGUGGGGACAUGGAAAUGUCCCAAAACCAGGGAGAUUCACCCCAAACUCCCCUCGGUGAAGCUUCACGGUUGUGUCUUAUCCGGGAAAGAGCAAAACGACACCAAAACAGCUCAUUUUUCGUAAUAAAAACGGCAAAAAAUGGA